AUGGAUCCUGAUACGCACAGUAGGAUCAGGAGGAUGAGGAUCGACGCCAACGCAGUUGAUGGGGAAGGAAGAACGCUGCUGGUCAUUGCUGUUCAAGCAGGACAAGAAGAGGUCGUGGAAGAGCUUCUGAAGAUGAAGGCAGAUGUGAAUAGGAAGGUUUCGAAUGGAAAGAACACCGCGCUUAUCGAAGCAGUCAAGCAUGUGACAGACGAACUGACUGCCCUGGCGAUUGUGAAGCGAUUGAUCGAUGCCAAUGCAAACGUGAACUAUGCCAAUGAGUUCGACCAGACGGCGCUAUUUGCAUGCGCUCCCCGAGCUCACUUGAACCUUGUGAAGUUUCUCGUCAAUCAUGGAGCAAGCAUCAACCACGUCUGCAAGACCUUCAAACGAUCCUUGUUGUACGUGCUCUACGUUGUGUAUGUUGUUGUAACCAGCAGCAUCGAAUUUCUGAUCACAUGCGGAGCCCGGCUGAUCAAGGGAGAGAGUCAGAGGGUCUUGCUCAUCGCGGCUUCACUGCAGAGCGAGCAUAUUCUCUCUCUUAUCUUAAGGCGUAUCGGUGCGGGCCCGAAGGAGCUGGAGGCGCAAGACGAGUUCGGAGACAGUCCCCUCCAUAUAGUUUGCGGGGCGAAAGAUCCGUCCAUUGCAGCUGCUCACCUGCUCGUGGAAGCAGAGAUCGACAUGGAGAAACUUAAUAGCAAAGGUCUCACUCCCAUCCUCAAAUCCCUGUCCUGCAACGUUGAACCAACCAUGGCGGUCUUCCUGCUGGAGUCGAAGGCAAACCCAAACCAUGCAAGCCCUAGCAACUCGUCUCCGCUGAUCUUCGCUUGUCGCUUCCUCAAGUCGCCAAAGAUUGUGGUCCUGGCAACUCGAGACGACAGCAACGAGGAUGGCGUGAUGGAGGCAGCUCAGAGUUUGAUUCGAGGCGGUGCGAACGUCAAGAUAAGGGAUGCAGACAACAGGCUGCCCCUGCACGUGGCCCACGAGACCGCCGCUCGGCUCGGCAUGCCGAUCCAUUCUUCCCCCUUCAUCGCCCUCCUGCUCAGCCACGCGGGUCACAGCGAGGUGUUCGCAAGGGACGGGCUCGGGCUGCUGGCUCGGGAAGUCUACGAGGAGGUCAAGGGCGAGGAGCUGCCGCUGACUACCGUCAGGAUCCCAACGGCCGUUGGAAAUCUCUAUGCAGGAGAUGAAGGAGCCACCACCACCCGUGCUUCCUUUCGGAGCUACCAUGGUGGGUGGGGCGCAGCUGAGAAGGCGCCAGGAGGGCAGGAGGGAGGAGGGAGGAGGGAGGAAGUAAGUCCGCAAGCAUAUCUCGAGAGCUUGCAGGAGACAGUUGUCUUGCGGAAAAAGAACCAGAGGCAGGCGAAGGAGGAGGAGGAAGCUUUGAGACUGACCGACAUCAAGGGGCAAGUGCUCCCUCCUGCUGACCUGGCGGGCGACCUGGUUACCUCUCUACGGAGACCAGGACAAAGAAACGUGAGCAGGCAGACGCGAUGA